CAAAACAAAGACAACUGGAAAUGAACCUAGAAGAAAAAAAAAACUGAAAAAAUCUAAUAAAAGAAAUCAAUGGCUCAGACUUUGGUUUGGUUUUUGCUACUCAUUUUCGGUUUGUUUGUUAAGAAAUUAAAGAAAAGAAGGAAACAAAUCAAAAUUAGUCUAAACCAAACCCUAAUUUGCCAAUAGGUGUUAUCGAUUUGGGGAUUCGAAACGCCGAGUUUAUUCUCUUUUUUGGUAUUAUUCAUAUAAUCGCACUCUCCUCUCGUUCCUCAUCCUCAUCGCCUUGAAGCUCUCUCACCUUCUUCUUCUUCUUCUUCUUCUUCUCCGGAUCUCGCUUCUCCGUCAACGACUCCGAUCAACCUACCAGGAUAACUUUGUGUUGAGAAGAUGUCUAGUGCAUCCAAGAUGAAAUCGAGAGACAAGAAGGUCAUGAAUGAUUCACAGAAGACACCUAGUAAAGCGUCUGGAUCCAUGGGUGGAAGUAGUGUUGUGGUUGGUGGUUAUAAUCCACUUUUGGGGACAUUUCAAACCAUUGAGUCGCUUUCAGCAACUGGCUCAUCAUCUCUUCACAAUAAUGGCCGGUUCAGACACAUUGAUGAGUCGGAUUCAACUGGAGCUGACUGUGAUUCUGUCUCUAAUAAUGGUAGCUGGUCAGGUGAAUCUGAAGAUCACAAAGAGAAAGUACCUAGUACUAGUAUUGCUGCAAAACAAGAAAUCAUUCCUGGAGCUGACAAUGACAAGCGAGAUAAGAUGCGUCUGAAGAAUGAAAGAAAGCAUCAGCGUCAAAAGGAAAAGCGAGCUCAGGAGUUGCAUGAGCGAUGCUGUCAGUAUCUCAUGUCGAGAAAACUUGAAGUUCAUGCUCAGCUGAUUAUAUCUAUGGGGAUUCCUCAUGAGCGGGCAACUUAUGCUCUUAUGUUGAAUGAAGGGAAAAUAGAGGAAUCUAUUAAUUGGCUGUUUGAUGAUGGUGGGGCAAAAGUAGCAGAUAAGAAACUAGAUCCGACCUCUGGGAACUUAAAGCUUGACAUAUCACAAGAGUUGGGUAGAAUCUUAGAGUUGGAAACAAAAUAUAAGUGCACCAAGCAGGAUGUAGAAAGAGCUGUGGUUACAGCAGAGGGGGACAUUGAGAAAGCAGAAGAAGCAUUAAGAAGACAGAAGCAAGACCAAUCUACUGCGUCUAGAAAACCAGAGGAUAUUAGUGAUAGUACUUCUGUUAACAAUAGCAAAGUCCCUUCUGUGCUCACAAGUCAGAAUACAGUAGGCCAGUUACAACCUAACUCAGGUAUGUAUCCUGCAGGCAGGGAAGAAGCCCUUGACAGAAAGAAUCUCGGUUACCCCAGAGGAUCCAGCUACAUUAGUGGAGAAUCCGAAAACCAAAGUGUAAAUUCGUUGGAAAGAAUUCACAUGAAGUUGCAGUGGAUGAAACUGCAGCAAAAUGCCCCCCUUGAAGAGAAUAAACGCAUACCAUAUCAACAGACACCACUGUCUCGAUCAACAGAAGAAACACAUUAUGUGACGGCUCUAGGCGAUCAAUUCAAGAGGCUUCAGCAGCAAGAUAUGAGGGAACCAGUUAUGGUGAUGCAGCAGCAGCAGCAACAACAACAACGUUCUCAAUCCGCUAACACAAAUGUGCUACCUGUCUCUACCAUGAAUGCAUCCUUUACCGGAGCAGCAGCAGCAGGCAGCGGUUGGCACCCUGCAAAUAGAUCUGAGGCGGCCCAAUCUAACGGAUACUUGCCCUCAAGAAGUCUGCCUCCUAAUGAUCUGAACUCAAACCUGAUGUACCAGCAACUUCAGUAUCAACAAUAUCAAGGCCAAGUGAACAACAAUGGUCACAGAAUGGCAGGAUCUUCUGCUCCGCCUGCUGUGGCUCCAGCUGCUUCUCUUGGGCUCUUCUCGGGGUUUGGAUCACUGGCGGGAUCAUCUUCUUCUGGGCUGGACUGGAACACGGAUGGGUCACUGGGGCAUUUGGAUUACAACAACAUCGACUGGAGUCUAGAUAAAGGCCUAGCUUGUGUGAGACCUAGCCAGCAGUAUGUGGCAGCAUCAUCCCCAUAUAGUGCAGCAUCAUCCCCGUAUGAAGCGCACAUGAAUGGAAGGACAAGAAUGAUGACGAAUGGGAAUGGGAUGGGUGUGGCAAUGGGAGUGCAGGAAGCUGCUUUAGUUGGAAAUGGGAGAGAGUGGACAUCGCCUUUUGAGGGUAAAGAUCUGUUUAGUUUGUCUAGACAGUAUGUGCCUCCUUCGCUUUAAAGGUGAUAAAAUGCUCUUCUUCUAGAAUAAAGAUAAAUGAAAGGAGAGAGAGAGAGGUGAUGGAUGAUAUGAGUUUGUGGUUACUGGUUUUAUCAAGUGUUUCUUGCUUGUUUGCUCAAAAUGGAUCUUUCAAAUUUCCUUAUAUUUUAUAUCCUCCCCACAUAUUUAACAUGGAGCUACCAAAAUGCUUCUGAAUAUCACACCAUCAUGUGCUUUCUUCUGUUAUAGCCUAGAAGAGGGUAAGCAGUAAAUAAGGGUUUGGUAUUUCAAUGUGGUCACAUAUUAGGCCUUUUAACCGCAAUUCUUUCCACACGUUACCAAGCCCAGGCAAUUUAUCUUAGACAAGAACUUACAAAUAGCUUUUAAUUAAGACCAAGUGAAGUGAAGUUAAUGUGCUUCAACUCCAAAGUUGGCCUUGGAACUUGAAGAAGAGACUUUAGCGAAACACAACAAGACUGACACCAAAACUGAAAAACUCGACAUCUUUCUCAUGUGUCUAAAUCUUGUUAAAAGCGACAAUAUCGACACUUUGGAUGUACUCGUUGUUAGGCUC